AUGACCUUAGAUCAUCUUGAACAGUUUAACAGUGACUUCUCAGUAAUUUCCAAAGCCCAUCAAGAUGAUACACCAUCCCUAAUACCAGGGAGAGGUAGAGGUAAGGGUGGUGUUGCUAUCUUCUCACGUAACUCUGUUGCCAGUGUUGCCGAGAUCAAAUGUAACUCCCCGAGACUGCUUACUGCCCACAUCCAGCUCAAAUCAAGUGAGGAGAAUAUUACAGUCAUAAACUGCUAUUUACCCAGCAAUACUUCACCAGGUGACAUUGCUGAGUAUCAGAACUGUCUCUGUACCAUAUCUGAAAUCUUAGCUUCUCAUCCCCAUCAUGUCAACAUAGUAGCGGGGGACUUCAAUGCUGACAUCAUUAGCAGAUCCACAAAGAAACCAACAGUAGCAGUGCUCAAGGACUUCAUUGCAACAGAAAAUCUUAUAUCUCUCAAUGUCGAACACUGCACAGCCAGCGACUACACCUUCAUGUCAGAUGACAGCUCUAAGUGGUCCAAUAUAGAUGGUUUCCUAAUCUCCUCUAAUACCUCGUGCCGCUUUCAUACUCUCUCCAUCCAUGAUGAACACCCAAUGAACACAUCCGACCAUCGACUAGUGACAGCCACCUUUAGUACAAAUUCUGUUCAUCCUAAAGGCACUAGUGACAGAGAUGAGGCCUCAAGUUCCACGCCGCUGGAGCGUCUAAAGAUUGAUUGGCCACAAGAUCAUAUUGAGGAAGCCUAUACUCUCCCCUUGGAUACACUAUGUGCAGAACUUUUCCAGUCUCUGCCGUCAUUAACUUCAUUAACUUCGGAUACAGCCUGGAUUGACAAAACAUUUGAAACUCUCAGUGAGUACAUGAUAACAGUAUCACAAUCACUACCCCACAAGCUACAGGUGGGUUUACCAACUGGAAAAAAGGAAUGGACGGAAGAGGUCGCCCAAUCAUACAAACAGGCUCAUAGGGCAUGGAUAGCUUGGAAGGCUGCACACAGACCCAUGUACCCAAGACCUGAGUGGAUAGCAUACAUCAGAUCUAAGAAGCUUUUCCGCAGGAGCCUAAGGCAGUCCAGGGCUAUUCUUCGUCAUCGGACACACAAAGCAAUAGAAUUUGCCAACUCCAACAGCAACCCCUCUCUGUUCUUUAGGCUGGUUAAGGAAAACCGUAGGAAAGGGAAGUCUAUGCAGAGCACACAAUCAUUGGACAUUGGAGGCAUUACAUACAAUGGCAAAAACAUCAUUGCAGGUUUUGAGGAGCACUUUAGGAACCUGGGGGCAGUACCUUUGAAGGAUUACAACAACAGCUCUCCAAGGACACGGGAUACUCCAUUAGAUAACUCAAGUACCCUUGUCCAAUCAAAGGAAGAUGUCUGCCCUAUCUUCUUCACGUCCCGUGACCUCGAUACUGCCAUCUGCUCUCUGAAGAAGGGCAAAGCAAGUGGGGUUGAUAACAUUAUGCCAGAACAUGUCAUCCAUUCCGGCCCAAUCUGUCGUAGUCUCCUCCUUCUUCUGUUCAACGCGUGCAUGGAUUUGACACAUAUACCCGAGCCUAUGAAGCAAGCCCUUGUGUUACCAAUACAUAAAGGCAAGGGUAAGCCAACCAAUGACCCAUCAAGCUAUCGUGGAAUCUCCCUCACUCCAACCUUCUCCAAAGUACUUGAACUGCUUCUGAAACCCCAUCUGGAAAGCUCCCUUCGAGACUCGAACAUCCCUGAUGAACUCCAGUUUGGCUUUCAAAAAGGUAGGUCCUGCAUCUUGACCUCAGCAUGCCUGCAACUGUCCAUCGAGAUCAACAGUAGCUACAAGAACUCUACCUACGUUGCUUUCCUAGAUGCACAAAAGGCAUUUGAUUGUGUGUGGCAUGAUGGCCUCUUCAAGAAGAUACGUGACACCACUGUUCAUCCUUCAAUUGUGGCCCUCCUUGCAGAAUCUUACAAAGAUGCUAAUAGCAAGGUUCUUUGGGAAGGAAGAGCAUCUAAUUCAAUUCUACUGGAAAAAGGUGUGAGACAGGGUGCCAUACUCUCACCAUCCCUAUACACACUCUUUAUCGACAACCUGAUAAAGACCCUCAAAGAGAAAGGUCUAGGAUGCAGUUUUCAGGGGAGGUAUACAGGUAUAAUCGUUCUCGCAGAUGAUGUAGCCCUACUUGCCUCCUCUGCUGUUGAGCUACAAGAGAUGCUAUCCGUCACCCAUGAGUACACCAAGAGGUGGCAAUACUCCAUCAACCCCUCUAAAAGUGCUGUUGUUGUUUUCAAUGAGAAGUACACCUCUCUUGACAAAAGGCAACAAUCUUCAUGGAUGCUGGCUGAGGGUCAGUCCAUCAAUAAGGUUUUACAACAGCCCCACCUAGGUAUCACCAAGUCUUCAAUGCGAUCUGACCCUACCAUAGACAUCAUUGCAAGAGGACUUAGGACCUUUUACUCCCUCCAUGGUGUCGGAGCGUAUACAUCGGGCCUAUCUCCACACCUCUGUGCGAAGCUGUGGACAGUAUUCUGUGUCCCCAGGAUGUUAUAUGGCUCCUCUAUCGUCUCCUUAACAUCCCACCAGGCUAACCGCAUAAACAUCGCCCAAAACCAGUUAUUUAAGAAGAUUUUGGGAAUCCCUCAGAGUGCAGCGAAUGAAUCAGUGUUCCUUCUCACGGGCAUUACCCCCCUCAUGUCACAAGUAGAACUGGAUAGCCUCCUCAUCAUAGGUCAGCUAACAUCAUUAUCUGAAGACCGCUUUGAGAAGAGGGCAUUUGUACAUGCUUCUAUCCGCGGUGUACCCCUCGUGAAAUCCUGGAACCUCCUUCUCUUCAAGUACAACCUACCAACCCUUCUCUGCCUAAUUGAACACCCGAUCCCAUAUCACAAGUGGAAAGCCAUAUGUAGGAAGUCCAUCUAUUCAAAAGUGCUGCAGGACACUACCAAUGCCAUUGCAUCUAAGUCAUCGCUGUCCUUUUGGAAAGAUAUUGACAGUCUCCCACCAUCUUCUCUGCUAUUUCCAGAAGGAUUAGCCCCUCAUCUCCGUAAGGCACAGAUUAUCAGAGCUCAGCUCCUCACCCAAACAUACCCCACCCAGAAGCGUCUCUCAAAAAUUGGCAAAUCCCAAACUGCCUCCUGCCUGCUAUGCAAAGAUGGUGAUGAAGACACCCUUCACCUUAUCUCCUCUUGUAGCCAUCUACAUUCUCAGCGAGUCGCCUUUAUGGCAAAUGCCAACAAGAUGCUGCCUGAGUUGGGGAUGAGUGCCAGUCUCCACAUAGAUGACCCUCUAGAAUUUGCCCUGCUAAUUCUCCUCCCAAACCAAGACCUCUCUGCAAACACUGUAAAAUCUUUUACGACACUUGCCCUCAAUUUCUUGCUGAAAAUCCAUAUGUUUAGAUCUUCUACACUUGAAUCCUAG